AUGGCUGUUGGUGAAAAUUCAUCUACCUCUGAAGGAGCUAGUAAUGCUAUUGGUAAUGACCCAAAUAAUGCCCUGUAUGUGCAUCCAUCGGAUAGCCCAGGGAUGAUGCUUGUUCCUGCUCAAUUUGAUGGAGCAGGUUAUCGAUCUUGGAGAAGAGGAGUUAUGCGAGCCUUGUCAGUGAAGAACAAAUUAGGCUUCAUCGAUGAAAGCUGUGUGAAAUCAAAUGCGAAUUCAUCUCAACUUCGUCAAUGGCAGAGAUGUGAUGAUAUGGUCACAUCAUGGAUUUUGAAUUCAUUAAGUAAGGAGAUUUCAGACAGUGUAGAAUAUGUCAAUAACUCUGUAAAACUUUGGAAGGAAUUGGAAGAUAGAUAUGAUCAAACAAAUGGGGCAAAAUUGUAUCAGAUGCAGAAGGAAAUCAAUGAUCUUACACAAGGAUGA